AUGCCACCCAAGAAGAAAUCCUCGAAGAAGAAUGAGCUUCUUUUCCUCAACAAGCACCCGUUCAUUCUACAAACAGCUGUGGAUAGAAUCUACGGAUGUAUCAUUGGCUCUGCACUUGGGGACACGAUCGGCCUGUACACUGAAUUUCUAACAAAGGCCGAGAGCGCGCGAAUUUACGCAAGUCGAAGGUUCCAGCUCACUGAGCCACUGACUGAGUCCCAUCCUGAUGGUCACCGAAUUCGUCUUGGAGUAUGGAUCGACCAAGGCUUACUCGCAUUGAACCGCCACAUGUGCGGCCUUGGUGCAUUAGUCGGCAAGGUCGUAGGGGACAAAUCGUACCUUGAUAAUCCAAAGGGUAUCGCAGCCAGAGCUUGGGUUGCAUCGGGUCACGCUGUAGCACCUAACGGGAGCUUGAUGCGUACGCAUCCCAUCGGCGUUAUCGGCAUUGGAUUGAGCGAACAAGAGACGUGGGACUUGGCUGCCAAUGUUGGUUUCACGACGCAUGUUGAUCCGCGUUGUACAGUCUCAUGUUGUGUUGAAGUUGCUUUGAUUCGAGGGCUGCUUCGAGGCGACAUUCGGAACGAGGAGCAUGUCAAUUCUUGCAUUGAGCGUACCUUUUCGUAUGCGAAAGGCAACCAAGAUCAUAUGAACCCAGCUGGAGAAGACGGAUUGAUGGAAGAAGAGCUUGAUGCUCGCCUUGACCGGAACGAGUUCGAAGAACACUGCUAUGCUGAAACUCUGGAGGACCUGAAUCUUGACGAAGACCGAAAGAUUGGCUAUGUGUACAAAUGUCUCGGAUCAGCCAUCUUUUUGCUACGAUCCGCCAUGCGCAGAAACACUGCUCUCGAUGGCAAUGAUCCAAUUCACGUCGCAUCGAUAUUCGAAGACCUCACCGUCGACUUGAUCAUGGAAGGGGGCGAUGCCGAUACCAACGCUGCAGCCGCGUGCGCUUUGUUAGGCGCAUAUGUUGGUCAUGCCAAUCUGCCGUCUCACUGGAUAAGGGGGCUGGCCCACAGGCAGUGGCUUACAGACAAAACCUAUCGACUGACUGUAGCGAGCGGUGUGCUGCCAGGCACAUUGGAACCUAAAGAAGACGAAGGUGCAGAAGGUCCAAGAGGUCUGAUGGAACCAUCAGAAAGGAGACAGCGAGAUGCCAGAAUCCACAAGCGAGAGGCGGAGAGGAGAGCGUGGGCGAGAGUGUAUCAAACAGAAUGGAAGAAGAGGAAAUUUGAGCAGCGGAGACCAGAAGAGCAGUAG